UCAUAAUCUUGAGCAUUUUUAUGCCAUUUUGGGAUGUGGGAGCUACUGUGUCUCAGCCUACUCCUGUGAUGAAGGCUAAGACCGGCACCACUGUCACUUUGGAAUGCUUUGUAUCAGAAGAAAACCAGCAUGAUCCUAUAGUUUGGUACAAGCAAAGUUUUGGGCAGAAGCCACUUGGGUUAGGAACAGCUCAGCAUUUUGUGUCUCCUAUACUCUACGGUGAAUUUGACAAUAGCCGCUUCAACAUAAGUAAACGACUUGGAUCUCCCCACCUGUCUAUGUCAAACAUUAAGUUAUCUGAUGAAGCUUUUUACUCCUGUGGAGUCAGAAUUGAUUCUGAUAUUCACUUUGGAAAUGGAACAUAUUUGUUUGUGGAAGAAAAAGAUAAACUAAGGUCCAUUACAGAUGUGUUCCAAGCCGUAUUACCAACUGCAGUCCAACUGGGCGAUUCAGAGACAUUGGAGUGUGUGGUGCUGGCUGAGAGCAGAACUGAAGAUCUCAGAGUGUUCUGGUUCAGACCCGCUUCAGGAGGUUCCCAUCCAGGGGUCAUUUACACCAACAAGAGCUGGACUGGGCCGUGUGAGGGUCGCUGUGUCUACAGUCUCCCAAAGAAGGACGUAAACAUUUCUGAUGCUGGAACCUACUACUGCGGCAUAGCCACAAGUGAACAAAUACUGUUUGGUAAUGGAACAGCAGUUGUUAUCGCUGAACCAGUACAUUCUGCGCUGGUUGGUUUGGUUGUGGCUCUGGGCUGCUGUGUCACAUUGAUGGUUUUCCUGGUUUGGUUGAAUUGCCAGAGGAGAGUUACAUGUGACAAUAUGAGAGACUUGCACCAUGUUAGAGAUGACAGUUCUAAUAGCAGACAAAGACGUGCUCAGGCUGGUGCUGCUGAGGGUCCAAACAAUGCAGCGUUGCACUUAUCUAAGAAGGAUCCCAGGGGCAGGAGAACUAAGAGAGAGCUGCCACCAGAUGCUGUUUAUUCUGCUGUUAACCUCUGACCUCUCAGUCCUGCUCACCGUGUCAUACUGUGGCAGAAAACAUCCAAUGUACCCUGUUUUGAAAA